AUGUGUCAAUCCAUGCCCACCCCUCACCCCGCUAUCUACUGCCCUGCGGUCAAGUCCAAUGGCGAACCGUGCAUGCUCUGCGACAUGACCUUCAAGGGUUACGUCCUUGGUCCAGAUGCUGUCGUCGACCCGCUGCUCGAAGGCUAUUCUCCGACGCCCACCGAGAACACCUGCACGUGCUGGCUUUGCACCGCUCCCAAAAUCCAGAAGCCACAACCUGAAUACCGCCAGGCGGUGUCUGUGGAGCGCCAGGUCAAGAAGUCUGUCGCUACCCGCGUCAAGGACUGGCUCUGCGCGAACGACGGUCAUGGGGGAGGUUAUCCGGAGUCUUCGAGCGGGGACCUACCUGCAUGGGACAUUGGUGCUGACGACCCCAACCGUCAGCGGAAAACCGUGUCCCCCUUCUCGACCCUGGAAUACGUUCUCGAGCUCGUAGCCCAGUGGACAAGCGCAAUGCGCUCCGCCAAGCCGGUAACCAGAGCCCUACCUAGAUGUAUAAAAACUUGGUUCGCUAAGCUAAACGUGGACGUCCCCAACCGUCGAGCGUUAAAGAUGCUUGCCCCGGAUGAUGCUCGCGCUCGCGCGGGCUGA